AUGCCUUACAGCACGCAAAGUGGAGCAUCCUCCCCGGAGCAGCUUUCUUGUGGCUCUGAAUGUGGCGAUACCAGUACACCAUUCACAGGCAGAUCAAUUCUGUUCAAUGACGAUGACAUCGACAAUGCGGUCCAUAGGACGACAAGCGUUCAGUACAUUCUGGUUGUUGGAGGCUGUGGAUUUAUCGGUUCCCAUACAGUCUGGGAGCUGGCAAAGGCAGGGUACAGUGUCAUUGUCGUCGAUAAUCUGAGCAACGCAUUCAGAUCCGUCUUUGACAGACUGGAGACAAUGGUGACUGAUCACUACCAGAACACGCCAAAACUCCAGCCAGUGCUCAAACUAUACAGAGCAGACUACAGAGACCAGCAAGCCAUGACAAGAAUCUUGGAGGCUUAUGAAAUUCCGGCACCUUUUCAGCUGAGUCCAAUAGAUCCAGAAACCCCGAGGGCCUCGAGUAUCAGCGGAGUCAUUCAUUUUGCCGCUCACAAGGCGGUCGGAGAGAGCAUCAAACAACCUCUGAAAUACUAUUCAAAUAACGUUGGUGGUUUGGUCGACUUUUGUUCUCUACUUGGUGACUUCGGUAUCAAGAACUUCGUUUUCAGUUCUUCGGCCACUGUCUACGGAACUGUCGCCGAUAUGGGGGUCCCUUUGAGAGAGGAACACUGCAGCCAAAAUGCAACCGAUUUCGUGGACGAAAAUGGACAGAAGAGAAUCAUCCAACCAGGCUGUUCUGGUUUGACAAAUCCAUAUGGAAGGACAAAAUGGAUGUGUGAGGCUAUCCUGAAUGACUUGGCACGUGCGGAUCCCGAAUGGACCAUCACAGCACUCAGGUAUUUCAAUCCCAUUGGUUGCGACGAGUCUGGUAAACUUGGGGAAGAUCCGCGAGAUGCUGCCACGAAUUUGAUGCCUGUUGUCCUGCGCGUUAUCACCGGAGCUUUACCCGUUCUGAAUAUCUACGGUGAUGAUUACGAUACACCGGACGGGACUGCCGUGAGGGAUUACAUCCAUGUCACAGAUCUCGCUCGUGGACAUCUCGCGGCGCUCAAGAAUCGAGAAGAUCGUGGUUUCAAGGUGUAUAACCUGGGCAGUGGUCGUGGUCACUCGGUGCUGGAGCUUGUCGCCGCGAUGGAAGAGGUUUCGCAGAGGAAGAUCCCAACUCGAAUCGUAGGCCGGCGAGAAGGAGAUGUGGGAAAGUGCGUUGCAAAAGCAACCCGCGCUGAGAUAGAGCUAGGAUGGAGGACGGAAAAGAGCUUGGAGACUUGUUGUCGCGAUGUUUGGCAUUUUCUUGAGCGCGUCGGAAACGGGACCCUUCAAAAAGCAUAA